GGGGCAUGCAACUUUUUCUUCGAUAUCGUCCAACGCGUUUUAAACAUGAGACGAAACUCUGAUAAGAAAUAUAAUGAUUUUAUUGAUCUAAUGCUAAAUGCAGGGAAAGAUAAGGACAGUACCAGAGAUGAUACUGGCGCUCACGUGGCCUUUCAUGCUAUUGGCGAUGAAGGGAAUAAUUCAUUGGUUUCUGGAAAGCCUAACAUCAAAAACCUCACAAAUACACCGCUAACAGAGGAUGAGAUGGUGGCGCAGGGUUUGGUGUUUAUUGUGGCCGGGUAUGAGGGGCCGACCAACACACUGGCUUUCUGUACGUACGAGUUAGCCGUCAAUCCAAGCGCUCAGAGCCGACUGUACGAAGAGAUCGUUGCGUCGCAAGACUCGGACGGGGAGGUCGACGGCGACGCGUUGGCUCGACUGCCGUUUAUGGACGCCGUCGUCGCCGAGACCCUACGCCUACACCCGCCGAGUGUCAAACUGUGGCGCUCGGCGUCCGAGGACUACGCGUUAGGCGACACCGGGAUUACGAUCCGAAAGGGACAGAAACUGGAGCUAUCGGUGUAUGGCAUCCAUCGCUCCGAAGAGUACUACGCGAACGCCGACACGUUUAUUCCCGACCGGUUUUUGCCGGAAAAUCGUCACACAAUACAACCCUACACGUACCUGCCCUUUGGGGCCGGACCCCGUAAUUGCAUUGGCAUGCGGUUCGCCCUAAUGGAAGUGAAAUUGGCCUUGUUCCAUAUUAUCAAGAAGUAUGAGUUGGUGCGAGUGCCGCAAACGCAGGUUCCGCUUAAGAGUACCAAAUUUAAGCGUGCUAAUUCUACCACUUCCGUAGUGAUUGGUGUUAAGUACAGGAUU